UCUAUAAUGAUAAAGAAAAAGUCAAAUAUUUAUUAAUUUCCAUUUUGUGACAAUCAAACUAACAAACUGGGAAGUUGUGAGUGCUAUGGAGUAAGAGUGUUGCAACACUUCUGUUGCAAUGGGAGAGUGUGACCCGGGGUGAUGAGCACAUUGCACGUUCUUAAUCUCCCAACCUUUGUAAGGAAAAGGAGAAGUUCAGGCGCAGAAGUAAGAUGCCUCUAUCAUCAACAUUCAGCAGUGCAGAAAAGAGAAGAGGAGGAGGAGGAGUGGUGAUUUCAGUAGUAUCCUCGAUCCAUUAUUCACUUCACCAGCUCGAAACAUGCUGCUGCUGCUCCUACUGCUGCUGUCAUCAGAUGAUGGCCAGGCUCAGUAUGUGUCAGGCCAGAAGAAGAAUGGCUCUUGUGUGUGUACAGUGAACUCCAGCUUGUGGUCGUUCCCUGCUGUGAAGUAUGAGGACGUGCUGCAGCAGGUUCAGUCCUGUGGAGAAUCUUUGAUCAACCUGCAGGAACAGGUGAUGUUGUCCAGCCAGCUUCUUCCUCAGUUCCAGACUCUGGUUGAGAACGUGACAGCCCGACUGGAGCCUUACCAGUACCUGCACAACCAGGGUCUGUACGCAGCCUUGUCUCUGCGCCAGCUGGGCCAGGAGCUGAGUCAGCUGGAGGCAGAUGUUGGUGCUGUCCACAGCCAGCAAAACAAUGCCCAAACACUGAAACUGUCCAAAGAGGUGGGUAAACUGCGUACAGAUGUUGACAGGAUGCAAAUGUCAGACACCAUUAACAUGAAGGCUGUCAAAGAGAGACUGCGCAACCUGAAGAAUAGCGCUGAGUCCUGCAGAUCAAUCCCCAAAGACUUCAGAGGUCCGGGCGGGCACUGCCUCAAGGGCCUGAUCAACAACAUUAGUGAGCCUGUCAUGACAAAGGUUAGUCCAUAUGGUAAGAGCUACAUCUCUGGUUCAUGGGGCAAACAGGCCCAGAUGGACAGUGAGGGACAGAAGAAUAGCUACUGGGUUCAGCCUCUGCUCAGCAGCCACAUCUGGGGCAACACCCUGCGAGUGUACCAAAGCUAUGAAGACUUCAUGGCCUCUGCCAAACACAGGGAUUUUACCUUCGCUCCAUCUUACACUCACACUGACAGCAUUGAGGGUCCCAGUGCUGUUCUAUAUGGUGAAGCGCUGUACUAUCAUUGCUAUCGUUCUGCAGAUGUCUGCCGCUAUGACCUGAAAAGCAACACUGUUAAACGGGUGACACUUCCAGGUUCUGGUGUGGGUUUCAACAACAAGUUUCCCUAUUGCUACUAUGACUGUCGUGCCAAUAGUGAUGUGGAUGUGGAGGCAGAUGAGACAGGCAUAUGGGCCCUCUAUGCCACUGUUGGUAACCAUGGUAAUCUAGUGGCGAGCCGGCUAGUUUGGGACAGCGAGGCUGAGACGCUCAAUGUCUCGCAGACGUGGGAGACGAGACUGUUCAAGAAGGCGGUGAGCAAUGCUUUCAUGGUGUGCGGUGUGCUGUAUGCCACUCGAUACGUGGACGAAUACCGCGAGGAGGUGUUCUACGCUUUUGACACGGCAACAGGCAAAGAGGACAACUCAUUAGCACUACCACUGGAGAAGGUAGCCAAAGGAGUGGCCAGUCUGAGCUAUAACCCCACCAACAAGCAGAUCUACAUGUACAAUGACGGAUAUCUACUGGCCUACCAGGCCAGCUUCUGAUCUGAGUCUGUUCUAAUUGAUGUACAUGCUACCUGUUGAAAUUUCUAUUUUAGCCAUAUUCAGAUAAUACUUAAUAACAAGAAAUAAACAAAGCUAUAAAUGAUCCAGCACAAAUAGAACCAUAGAUCAAUGUUAACACUCAAGUACGUGAUGUUAUGAACUGUAUGUUUUAAUAAAAGUUUGUAAUAUUGCAACACUGAAUUGAAUAAAGCUGAAAGUCAUACA